AUUGCUGGUUGUUCACACCAACCAGCUCAAAGCCAAAGAGCCCCUCUGUCCCUCUCACACGGAUCCAUCUUUAAACCUGAACCUUCCCCUGAAACAAACUGAGAUAUUGCUCCAAAGGAAGUUAUUGCUCAAGGCUAAAGCAGGCAAUUUCAAUCUUGAACCAAGGAACUGCGGAAAAGAAGAGCAACAGCAAACAGAAAAGUCAUCAGUACCUUUAUGGUGUUACUGCUACGGUCAAGUGAAGUUUCUGGACGCCUGAAGUUGAUCUGAAAAUCUUUCAAGCUGCAGAAAUGACUCAAAGCAACGGGGAGGACUCACACAGAACCCGGAGCGGCCUCCACCAAAUCCGUGCUGGCUUCCAGUCCCGAUCGAUGCUGGCAAAAAAGAGAGUGGAGAACAUCUCAAGGGGGGACAUGAAGGGAUUUUUCAUCAGAAAUGCUUUUGUGAUUCUAACCAUUGCUGCUGUCAUUAUUGGUAUAAUCCUGGGAUUCGCCCUGCGUCCAUAUAAGAUGUCUUAUCGUGAAGUGAAAUUCUUCUCUUUCCCGGGAGAACUGUUGAUGAGAAUGCUCCAAAUGCUGGUAAUGCCCCUUUUGGUCUCCAGUCUCAUCACAGGUAUGGCAUCUCUGGACGGCCGUGCCUCUGGUAAAAUGGGUAUGAGGGCAGUGAUUUACUACACCACCACCACGGUGAUCGCUGUGUUCAUCGGGAUUGUCAUGGUGCUCAUCAUUCACCCUGGGAAAGGAGUAAAGGAUGAAUUCACCAAGCCUCAGCAUAUGGAGCAGAUCAGCACUGCUGAUGCCUUUCUGGACCUUAUGAGAAACAUGUUUCCCCCCAACCUGGUGGAAGCUUGCACCCAGCAGUAUAAGACGCAGUAUGCCAAGAGAAUAGUCCGUGUGACAAUGACGGUGAAUGACACAAUAUUCACACUGAAUGGUAGCCAGCAGAUUACCCAUGAGGAGACGAUCCCAGUGCCAGGAACUGUGAAGGGGAUCAAUGCACUCGGCCUGGUUGUGUUCUCCAUGUUCUUCGGUCUAAUCAUGGGCAAGAUGAAGGAGGAGGGAAAGCCACUAAAAGACUUUUUUAACUGCCUCAAUGAAAUCAUCAUGAGGCUGGUUGCCAUAAUAAUGUGGUACGCCCCCAUCGGUAUCUUGUUCCUGAUUGCUGGUAAGAUCGUGGAGAUGGAGGACAUUACAGCCAUGGGUGGCCAGUUGGCAAUGUAUACAGUGACAGUCAUCAGUGGCCUGCUCAUCCACGCUGUCUUUGUCCUGCCAACACUUUAUUUCGUCAUUACCAGGAAGAACCCCUUUGUGUUCAUUGCAGGUCUGCUGCAGGCACUCAUCACUGCCCUGGGAACAUCUUCUAGUUCUGCCACAUUGCCCAUUACUUUUAAAUGCUUGGAGGAAAACAACAAAGUGGAUAAGCGUGUGACCCGUUUUGUGCUCCCUGUCGGUGCAACAAUAAACAUGGAUGGCACUGCUCUUUACGAAGCCCUGGCAGCCAUCUUUAUUGCCCAGGUCAAUGAUUAUGACCUUAACUUUGGACAAAUUCUCACGAUCAGCAUUACAGCCACUGCAGCCAGUAUUGGAGCAGCUGGAAUACCUCAGGCAGGACUGGUCACCAUGAUGAUAGUGUUGACGUCUGUGGGCCUGCCAACGGAUGAUAUUUCACUCAUCAUUGCUGUUGAUUGGUUCCUAGACCGCUUGCGCACCACCACCAAUGUCCUCGGAGACUCCAUCGGUGCAGGUAUUGUUGAACACCUGUCCCGUCAUGAACUGCAGAAAAAGGACCCUGAGGUGGGAAACUCAGUGGUGGAGGAGGCUGACAAGAAGGCGUACAAGCUCAUCUCACAUGAGAAUCAAUAUGAGAAUGAGAGGCCCAUUGACAGUGAGACCAAGAUGUAGGGGCAAUAUUUUUGUUCAUGGCAGAAACACAUUAUUGCGAAAACCGUUGCACUGUACUGAAACCCAUUCUUAGUUAAACCCGUUUGGAUUUUCAAAUAUCCAUCUUGCUAGACAUUUGAAUUAAAUUAAAUCUAUAGUUAGAACAUAUAGCAGCCAAGUGAGUGGCACUCAUGCAUGUGGCGUCUCUCAAACACCAGGGUGUAUAUGGAAUGGUUUGUGCAUUGUUUUUCUAAGCGGUGGCAUUAUGAUGCAUAACUGCUAUAAGGUGUUUACCAUUAAGAAUGACUUACAGAGCUCUGUGGUCCUUGGCUUACAUUCCAGAUCCAAAUUCUCUCUUGAUUGUGAUGCCAGAUAUCACCCACUAGAGGCCAGUAUUGGCCAGUCUACUGUAGAGUCUAGACUCCCUAGUCUAGACACACAGCACGCUACAGCUCAUGGGUGCACAAGUUUGUUUUUUUUUCCUGUUUUUAGACCUGUUCCCUGUGUAUUGUUUUGCUAGUGUUGUAUGUAAAAGAUAAACUGUAGCUGUAGUAUAAAUCUCUCUGGAGACUUAUUGAAAUGUUGUGUUUAUAUCAUGCAGAUAUCAUGCACAUAAUCUGGUGUACCAAAAUCUUGGGGGAAAAGGGCUUUUUCAAACCUCUGUACAGAUAUUUGUGGCUUUGUUUCACAUAGUUGGGUGUACAUAUUACAGUUUAAUUAAGAAAAAAAUAGAAAGAAAAAUAUUUUCUGCCUUUAGGCACAUGUAGUUUUACCCCUUAACUUUUCAAAGCAAUAAGUGCCAUUAUUAAGGGUAAUAUUUUCUCAGCCAACUUUGUUUUUGUUACAUAUGUUCCUCAAACCAAUCACUACAUUUGUAAAGAAUGACACACCAAAAUUACUCAGCCAUGUUGUUGCAUUUCAAUUUAAUUUGUUCAUGAAUUUUGAAAUAUAAGCCGCAAACUUCAACCAAAUAUGUGAACCGAAUUUUCACCCAAGAAGUGAUAUACUAGUAUCCAAAUUUAUACCUGAAUAAUUUUGCCAAAGUGUUGCGUGUACAUUUUAUUAGUUGAAAAUCUGACCGUUCAGUCUGAAAUUCAACCCACUAAGUUUCAACCAAAAAUAAAAACAAGGUUUUCUACAAAAUUUGACAUACUUGUACUUUAAUUUAUAGCCUGACCAAACAAAUGCUAACAGGCACUUGGCAGUUUCAGUUGGAGAAUGAUAAUAUGGUAGGCUUUAAAUGUAACUUUGAGCCAGUCCUUCACACUGGCCAUGUAAGCAUUACAUUAAAAAACAUUUUGUUUAAAAAUAAACAUGUUAUUACAAACUGUUUGAUAUAACUCCAGUGUUUUUCAAUCCAGCUCCUCGGGACUUGCUGCCCUGUGUUUUUGGAUGUUUCUCUGCUCCAACAGACCUAAUUCAAAUGGAUCAUAGGAUCAUUGACAGACUUGUACAGACCUUGAUGACAAGGUGGUGAAUUUCUUUAAGUGAUGUGUGUCUGAGCAGAGCAGCAUCUAAAACAUCCAACAAAACAUAUGGGUCCUGAGGAUCUAGAUCUAGAUUGCAGAAUGGCACCAUUG